AUGAGACCAAGUCAUACACACUCAUGUCAUUCUUAGCUAAAAAAUUCUUCUUUUAUAUAGGAACUUCCUAUGUUCAGUUAUGCUACCAGCAAAGGCCUCGGUCCAAGUUCUUUAAAAGAGGUUCAGGGGAAAUUUUGUGGUUCGUUGAAGAGGCAGGAAGACGUUUAAACAUUACCUAUUCAGAAACACGAAUAAUUUGGAGCUUCUUCGUCAAGGUUCAACAUGUAAGAAUGAUAUUGAGAAUCCAAUAUUAGUCUAAGGUGGAAACGAUUGGUAAUAUGAUUGAGUUUCUACACUAUUUUUCACAAAUGGGUACUUCUGAAGAUUUAAAUAAUGAUAUGAAUAUCUGGAUAUUCUUUUCGCAGUCUUCUGCAACCAUUUUCUUCCACGGGUUUUCUGCUUGCUCGCACAUAAUUUUGUUAUUAGUUUUAUCUAUUUUUUGGGCUUGCAAGAGAUGCAUGGUGCCUACCCUUGACAAUUCAAAACCAAUGUUGAAGAAUACAUAUUUUUUAUACUAUUGGCUUACAAUUAUAUCUUGCAUGGGUCUAUCAUUUUUUGGUCUCCUCUUAUGCAUAUUGAUCUCUCUCUCUCUGUAUAGACAUGGUUGGUCUGAUCUAAAGCUUGUUACCCUAUUGGAUUUUGCAUUCAAAACACUCACCUGGUUUGGGAUCUCUGUUUACUUGCACAUCCAGUUUUCUCAUUCAAGUGAGAGUAGGUUCCCCAUUCUACUUAGGAUUUGGUGGGUCUUCUACUUCCUAAUGUCUUGCUUCCAUGUUGUUGUACAUUGGAAAAAUUCAUCCUUACCGAUCUUACUUUGGGUAUCCAAUGUUGUAGACGCAAUUGUCGGUUUAUUUUUUUGUUAUGCUGGGUUGUUUGGCAAGGGGCGAGAAGAUGCAUAUUUCCAGCUUUUAGAGCCUCUUUUCAAAAUUAGUAACAGCCAGAGCGAUGGUGAUGACAGAGAAGGAUUAAGUGUCGGUGGAGAGAGUGUAACUCCUUAUGCAAAUGCUAGUUUUUUUAGCAUUUUUACUUUCCAUUGGAUGAACCCUUUGCUUGCACUUGGGUAUGCAAAAAUAUUGGACCUUGAAGAUGUUCCGCAGGUUUCCAAUUGUGAUAGUGCCAAUGUGGUAUUUGCUUGUUUUAGGAAUAAACUUGAAUCAGACAAUAAUGGCAGUAGUAACGAUGGUCAAGUUAGCACACACAAGCUAGUGAAUGCAUUGAUUUUUUCAACAUGGAAAGAAAUUCUAUGGACGGGUCUCUUAUCUAUUGUAUGCACAUUGGCUUCUUAUGUUGGGCCAUAUCUUAUUGUCGACUUUAUUGAGUACCUCAACAGCUCUCAUCAACUAAAAUAUAAUGGUUAUGUACUAGUGUUUAUGUUCUUUCUUUCAAUGCUAAUUAAGUGCCUCUUAGAGAGGCACUUGUUCUUCAUAUUGCGAAAAAUGGUAAUCAGGGUCCGUGCUGCCUUAUUCGCAAUAAUCUAUAAGAAGAGUCUCAGGCUUUCAAACCAAUCAAAGCAGGGCCACACUUGUGGGGAGAAUACUAAUUUAUUGAGUGUUGAUGUUGAGAGGAUUGGAUUUUUCAGUUGGUACUUGCACGAUAUAUGGAGGGUGCCCAUGCAGGUUGCUCUAGGAUUAUGGAUAUUGUACAUAAGGCUUGGGCUUGCUUCAUUUGUUGCUUUUGUUGCCACAUUGAUUUUGAUAUUAGCAAAUGUUCCACUGGGAAAAUUACAGGAAAAUUUUCAGGGGGAAUUAAUGGAUACAAAGGACCGAAGGAUGAAAGUGACAUCUGAGGCUCUGAGGAAUAUGAGGAUUCUUAAGCUCCAAGGUUGGGAGAUGAGGUUCUUAACUAGGAUAACUGAGUUCAGGAACUUUGAAGCAAGAUGGUUAAAGAAGUUGCUUUAUGCAUCAGCUAUGGCUUCCUUUGUUUACUUGAUUGCUCCUAUGUUUGUAUCCACGGUUACUUUUGGGUGUUGUGUGGUUAUGAGAAUUCCACUAGACUCGGGAAAUAUUCUAUCUGCACUUGCAACAUUUGAAAUGCUACAAAAGCCCAUUUAUAAUUUUCCGGACACAAUUUCUAUGGUAGUUCAGACAAAAGUUUCCCUUGAUAGGAUAGCCUCAUUCCUUUGUCUCGAUGAUCUUCCUCCAAAUAUCAUACAAAAUUUUCCAAGAGAUAGUGUCAAGAUUGCAAUUGAGAUAAUCAAAGGGAAUUUCUCUUGGGACAUUCAUUCCCCUAAUCUCACAUUAAAGGAUCUUAAUUUUCAAGUGUAUCGUGGUAUGAGAGUGGCUGUUUGUGGUUUUGUUGGGUCAGGAAAGUCAAGCCUACUUUCAUGUAUAUUAGGAGAAGUACCAAAAUUGUCUGGAGCCAUUAAAUUGAAUGGGACUAAGGCCUAUGUUGCACAAUCACCUUGGAUACAAAGUGGCACAAUAGUGGAUAAUAUAUUGUUUGGUAAGGAGAUGGAUAAAGACAGGUAUGAGAUGAUCCUUGAAGCAUGUUCAUUGAAGAAGGACCUAGAAUUAUAUAUUUUGGGGGAUCAGACUGUCAUUGGGGAUAGAGGAGUCAACUUGAGCGGUGGACAAAAGCAAAGAAUCCAAAUUGCACGUGCUUUGUACCAUGACGCUGAUAUUUAUUUGCUUGAUGAUCCUUUUAGUGCUGUGGAUGCUCAAACUGGAACUCAUCUAUUUAAGGAGUGUUUGUUGGGAAUUUUGGACUCAAAAACAGUAAUUUAUGUUACUCACCAAGUAGAGUUUUUACAUACUGCUGAUCUUAUCCUGGUUAUGAGAGAUGGAAGGAUCACUCAAGCAGGAAAGUAUGAAGAAAUUCUUAGUUCAGGAACUGACUUUAUAGAGUUAGUGGGUGCACAUAAGAAAGCUUUGGAAGACCUUAUUUCUAUUGAACAUAAGGCUACUUUAGACAACUCAAUUAAUGAUGAAGAAGAUGGCUAUAGUCUAUAUAGUGAUAAAUCUAUUCAAGAUAAAGAAGAAAGUAAACUCAAAAACUACAAAACAGAAAAAUUAGUUGGGCUCGAAGGGCAACUUGUCCAAGAAGAAAUGAGAGAAAAGGGUGGAGUUAGUCUUUUAGUCUACUGGAAGUAUGUUACUGCUGCAUAUAAAGGAGCCUUGGUACCAUUGAUAUUGUUAGCACAAAUUCUUUUUCAGCUUCUCAUAAUAGUCAGUAGUUAUUGGAUGGUAUUGACUACUCCAAUUUCAAAGGAUGUGAGGCCUCAUGUUAGAGCAUCCACUCUUAUCUUUGUUUAUGUUGCUUUGACCAUUGGAAGUUCCCUUUGUGUACUUAUAAGGUCUAUGCUCAUUCUAACUUCUGGCUAUAAGACAACCAUGUUGCUCUUCAACAAAAUGCAUUUAUGCAUUUUUCGCGCUCCGAUGUCUUUUAUUGAUUCUACUCCAAGUGGAAGGAUUCUAAAUCGGGCAUCCAUAGAUCAAAGUGCUGUUGAUACCUCUAUUCCACGUCAAUUUGAAGAACUUCUUAUCUCAAUCAUAGAAUUCUUGGGAAUUAUUGCAGUAAUGUCACAGGUUGCAUGGAAAAUGUUAAUAGUUUUUAUUCCAAUGAUUGUGACAUGCAUUUGGUUUCAGCAAUACUAUAUAUCUGCAGCAAGAGAACUAUCACGAUUGGGAAGAGUAUGUCAGACUCCAAUUAUACACCAUUUUUCUGAAUCUAGUUUAGGAUCAACGACAAUCAGGUGUUUCGAUCAAGAAGAUAGGUUUAUGGACACAAACCUUAAGUUGAUAGAUGGCUAUUCUCGGCCAAAAUUUCAUUUCUCGGGUGCAAUGGAGUGGUUAUGCUUUCGUAUGGAUUUUUUGGCAUCCAUCACAUAUGCCAUAUUUUUGGUUUUCUUGAUCUUAAUCCCAAAGGGAGUACUCAGUCCUGGUGUUAUUGGUUUGGCAGUCACAUAUGGGCUUGGUUUCAGUAUGCAAGGGGUUGUAUGGGAUCUUAGUAAUCUCGAGAACAAAAUCAUAUCCAUUGAAAGAAUAUUGCAGUACGUCUGCAUCCCUUGUGAGCCUCCUCUGGUUAUAGAAGAAAAUAUGCCGGAUCAUGAAUGGCCAUCACAAGGGAAGGUUGAUAUUAUUGAUUUGCAGGUUCGGUAUGCUCAACAUCUUCCUCUUGUGUUGCGAGGUAUCACAUGUUCUUUUCCUGGAGGAAUGAAGAUUGGCAUUGUUGGGAGAACAGGGAGUGGUAAAUCAACUCUCGUACAAACUCUCUUUCGCAUGUUUGAACCUACAGCUGGUCAGAUUUGGAUAGAUGGUAUCAACAUCUCUAAUAUUGGUGUUCAUGACUUACGCUCAAGAUUGAGCAUCAUUCCGCAAGACCCAACAAUGUUUGAGGGGACUCUUAGAAGUAAUCUUGAUCCACUUGAAAAGUACACUGAUGAACAGAUUUGGGAGGCUUUAGAUAGAUGUCAGCUUGGUGACGAAGUUAGAAAGAAGGAAGGGAAACUUGAUUCCAUAGUGGCUGAGAAUGGAGAGAAUUGGAGCAUGGGUCAAAGGCAGCUAGUUUGUUUAGGGCGGGUAUUGCUUAAGAGGAGCAAAGUGUUAGUACUUGAUGAAGCAACUGCAUCAGUAGAUACUGCGACUGACUAUCUGAUUCAGCAAACUCUUAGGCAACACUUUUCAGGAUCUACUAUCAUCACAAUCGCACAUAGGAUAACAUCAAUUCUUGAUAACGAUAUGGUACUCCUUCUUGAUAAUGCAGGUCUUAUAUUGGAAUAUGAUUCCCCAACAAAAUUGCUAGAGACCAAGUCCUCAUCAUUUGCAAAGCUUGUUAAGGAGUAUACUCGAAGAUGUACUUCUUAGUUUUUGAAAGGCUAAAUAAAAGGAUGAGAAGAUGUAUUAAUGGUCUCAAAAGAACCCAUUUAAUGGGGUGUGCUAAUUACUCUGACCAUUAUCGAGAAGGAGGACCAUAUUGAUAUCCAGAAUUGAUGUUAUCCUAUAUGCGAUUGUGAUGAUAGUAGACCCAGAGAAGUGUUGUCUAAGAGUUUGCUGAAUUAGAUAGUCAGUUGCAGUUUCUGUU